AUGUUGACACAUUGCCAUGAAUUGUGCAAACCAGUCUCUAUCAUGAUUCUAGUAAACUUGGCCCUGGCUUUUGUCAAUUUACUUCUGAAGAAGGUUCUUAAUGAAGGAAUGGAGUACAUGUGCAUUAUAACAUAUCGACAGGCAGUUUCAUUUAUCUUCAUGGCACCUAUUGCUUGCAUCUAUGAAAGGAAACACAAAGUGGAGGUUCACAUAAUAUGUCUCUUGUUCCUCAGUGCCCUACUCGGAAUAACACUUCCCCAAUACCUGUUCCUUCUUGGACUUGAAUAUACGUCUGCCACAUUCGCAUGUGCGUUCCUCAAUAUGGUGCCUGUAUUUACGUUCAUUAUGGCAUUGCCAUUUGGGAUAGAGAAGGUGAACAUGCAAAGCAAGGGUGGUAGAGCUAAAGUCAUGGGAACUUUUGUGUGCAUUGGUGGAGCUUUGUUAUUGGUCCUUUAUAAAGGAAUCCCCCUUAUCAAGCCACAAUCUCAACACAUAGCUAACGAAGUUACAAGUACACCUCCAACUGCCAAGUUAGAGACGUGGAUUAUAGGUUCUAUACUUCUGACUGUAGGUUGCUUCCUGUGGUCUUCAUGGUUCAUUAUACAAGCAAAGACUAGCAAGAAAUACCCAUGUCAAUACUCUAGCACAGCUAUUUUGUCACUUUUCGCUGCCAUUCAAUCAGCAAUAUUAACUUUGAUCAUCAAGAAAAAUAAUGCUUCGUGGAUUCUCAAAGGAAAGCUAGAAAUAUUAAGUAUUCUAUAUGCUGGAUUGGUAGGGUCGGGCCUGUGCUAUGUGGCAAUGUCAUGGUGUGUCAAACAAAGGGGUCCAGUUUUUACCGCAGCUUUUACCCCCCUUAUCCAGAUAUUUGUGGCCAUGCUUGAUUUCUCUGUUCUAAAGGAGGAAAUUUAUUUGGGAAGUGUUGCAGGAUCUGCCUUGGUUAUUUCUGGCAUGUAUAUUCUUCUGUGGGGAAAAGGUAAAGAGGAAGGACAACAUGUUCUGAAGGAUACGCAAACAAGUCAAGAUGUAGAACGUCAAUAG